AGCAUUAAAAAUAUCCCUCCAUUACCAUUACUCCUCUCUUCCAUCUCCCUCCCAACUUCUCCUCCCCCUUCGUCUCCACUUCCGACUUGUUCAGUUCUUCUUCCUCGCGCCGCCGAUUCCCGCCGCUCCCCGCUCGCCUCCGAUCACGAGCUCGGCCCCGUCAAUGGUCGCCGGCGGCUGGAGCAAGCCCCCGACGGACUCGUGAGAAGAUCGCCAUGAGUUCUUAACCCCGGUGAAGGUUUCUUUGCUUGGGGGCCACACUUGCAGUAGAUUUCAGGGCGCGCCUUGGCAUUGCUUCACCGUCCUCCCUUGGGUUUCCCCUCCGCCGCGUAGACCUCCGUCUCUUUGCUUCCCGAUCAAGGCCGGCUUGGUUAAUCCGAGCGAAGUUCACAUUGCUUUACCUCGUUCAAUCCUGCCUCUGCCCUCCCUGAAACCCUGACACAUGUAUGAUGAUGCGCUCGCUCGCUGCUGGUUCUGACGGCUCGUCCCCACACCCGCAGGGUCCGGCGCCCGGCGACGCGAAGCGGUUCUCCGGCGUGGUGCCGCCGGCCGCGCUCGUCUUCCUGGCGCUGGUGUUCGUCGCCGGCGCCAUCGUCACGCUCCAUCACAAGGAGAACCUGUCGAUACUGCAGGUGCAGCCACGAGAGCUGGCCGCUAACGAGGACUCGUUCAGGCCCCUGCCUCCGGCCAGCGAUCUGCGCGUCGCGAGCGACGUGGCUGAGACGCCGUCAGUGGAACAGGCGACGCCCCCGGUGGAACAAACGACGACGCCGGUGGAAGAAGAACAGGCGACGCCGCCGGUGGACCAGGCGACGACGCCGGUGGAGCAAACGACGCCGCCGGUGGAAGAAGCCCCUGACAUCUGCGAGAACCAGUGCAGGGCUCCGGGCAGCGAGGCGCUGCCGAGGGGCAUCGUGCAGGACAAGUCCAACUUUGAGUUCGAGUCGCUGGGCGGCAACCCUGGGCGGAAGGGGGUCGCCGCCGGCCGGCCGGCGAAGAGCCUCCUGGCGAUCCCCGUAGGCAUCAAGCAGAAGGCCGUCGUCGACAAGCUCGUCUCCAAGUUCCCGGCGGCGAACUUCGCGGUGAUGCUGUUCCACUACGACGGCGCGGUGGACGGGUGGAGCGACCUGCCGUGGUCGCGCCGCGCGGUGCACGUGGCGGCGGUGGACCAGACCAAGUGGUGGUUCGGCAAGCGGUUCCUGCACCCGGACCUCGUCGCCGACUACGACUACAUCUUCCUCUGGGACGAGGACAUCGAGGUGGACGGCUUCGACCCCAUGAGGUACCUCAGGAUCGUCAGGAAGGAGGGGCUGGAGAUCUCGCAGCCGGCGCUGGACCACCGGUCGCAGAUCCACCACCGGCUCACGGCCCGCUCGCGCCGCGGCGGGACGGUGCACCGGCGGUUCUACAAGACGGCCGGGGGCGGGAGGUGCUACGGCAACAGCACGGGGCCGCCGUGCACGGGGUGGGUGGAGAUGAUGGUGCCGGUGUUCUCGCGCGCGGCGUGGCGGUGCGCGUGGCGGAUGAUCCAGAACGACCUCGUCUUCGCCUGGGGGCUCGACUUCAAGCUCGGGUACUGCGCACAGGGCAACCGGAGCGCGAACGUCGGCAUCGUCGACAGCGAGUACGUCCUCCACCGCGGCAUCCCCACGCUCGGCGAUGACGGCGGCGGCAAGGGGCCGGCGCCGAAGGCGAAGGCGUCGUCGGCGACGUCGGCGGACAGGUACGCAGUGCGGCUGCGAUCGUAUAAGGAGCUGCAGAUAUUCAACAAGAGGUGGAAGGAGGCGGUGGCGGAGGACAUGUGCUGGACGGACCCCUACCCGCAGCCGCCGACGGCGACGCCCAAGGGAUGACCCGCCGCCGGCGAUGGCCUUUGCGGUUGAGUAGAUGACAUAGAAGAUACAUCAAAAUUUACAGGUCUAGAGAGCUUCGGAUAACAUGUCAUGUACAGAUCUCUUUCUCCCCGGCCAAUAAGAUAGGUUCAAAGACGAUGUAAUUAUCAUAAUUUUCGGUAAAAAGGUGGAUUAAUGAA